GGUUGGAUAUAUAUUGAGGUUUGAGUCCCGAAGUGCUGGUAUCCCUCGAGUUCUCUACCUCCUUUCCGUGCUUCACGUCAAGAGAUAUCUCGUUCCUGGUCUAUUUACCCCCUUAUACUGUUCCUCCCCGUCUCUCCCCUUCCAAGCGCUGCCCCGUCUGAACAGCCAAAUCGACCACAAUGGCAAAAGGCGACUCGGACUUCAAACUCUACCGCUACGACCCCUCGUUAGGCGCGGCCGUGAUCUUCGUCAUCCUGUUCGCCCUCGCGUCUUUCCUGCACACGUACCAGCUGGUCCGCACGCGGACAUGGUUCUUCGUCCCCUUCUGCGUCGGCGGGUACUUUGAGGCGAUCGGGUACGUCGGGCGGGCGAUUGGAUCUCAAGAGAGCCCGAACUGGAGCGUGGGUGCAUACGUGCUGCAGUCGGUGCUCAUCCUCGUGGCGCCCGCGCUGUUCGCGGCCAGCAUCUACAUGGAGCUCGGGCGGAUCAUCGUGCUCACGGACGGGACGAAGCACUCGCUGUUGAACCCGCGGUGGUUGACAAAGGUCUUCGUGGCGGGCGAUGUCUUUUCGUUCCUGAUGCAAGCGUCUGGUGGAGGGAUUAUGGCCGGCGGCACCGCGUCGUCCAUGAACACGGGCAAGAACAUCAUCAUCGGCGGCCUCACCCUGCAGGUCAUCUUCUUCUCCUUCUUCGUCGUCGUGGGGUUGACCUUCCACCUCCGCAUGCACCGGGUCCCGACGUCGCGGGUCCUGGCCCACGCCGACAUCGCGACGACCUGGAAGAAGCACAUGUACACCCUGUACGGCGGCAGCCUGCUCAUCCUCGUGCGGUCCCUCUUCCGCCUGGUCGAAUAUGGGCAGGGGAACGCCGGCUACCUGAUCUCGCACGAGGUGUUUCUGUACGUCUUCGACGCGGUGCUGAUGUUCGCGACCAUGGUUCUCUUCGCCGUGUUCCACGGCAGCGAGCUCAACGCGUUGUUGAAGGGCGGUCACGGCAAGGUCGUCAGGCGGGUCGUGUCGGUCUACAGCUUGAAAGGGAACGGAGGGCGCGGCCUCCCGUGAUCUGCAGGACAAAAGUCGUGUCUUUCAUUAUAGAGUCAAGAGCCGGGACACGUGGGAAGGUGGGUACGGACGCCGGCGUUUGUCAAAGACCUAUUCGCGUUCUGGUUCCGUUGGUGUAUUUUCCCGUGGCCCAAAAUAGAAAGCAAUGGUGGGAUUUCUGUAGAUUAGAUUGAGAAGGCGUUUGGAGACUCUGCAUGUGUGAUAUUUCCGCUUCUUGCCCGUGUACAACACGCUCACAUUUUUGUCGCCUGGGAAAGUGAAACGUUUCAAUAGGCGAAUGCUUGCGCGGCUCAAGACAAUCGACAACCACGAAAACAAGGG